AUGUGGUGGUCGUCGACCAAGUCGAGCCUGCGUGGCUCAGUGGUAGAGCAUCUGUCUUGUAAACAGAAGGUCCCCGGAUCAAUCCCGGGCGGAGGCAUGCCGGUCACACGCUGCUACUGUACCCGACUGGGUCAGGACGGGACUGGGCAGCUCGAAAGCGCCUACUGUUGGUUCCAUUUCUUUUGGACGAUUAUCCACGAUUAUUGGGUUGGGUCAUCCAGAAAGGAGCACCCUGGCUUUCGCUCACAAAGUACGCCUGCAAAUGAACAAAGAGACGGGAAUUUGAUGGAUGAUACUCCAUCUGACCAGAACUUCAAUGAGAAGACAGGAAAGCUGCUGUUCAUCUUCACUGAAGUGUGA